AUGGAAAAUAAUAUUAAUAAUGGGCAAAAUACAGUCAUUCUUCCUACAAGCCGGCCAUACCUGCAGUCAGACGGUGCCAUUCACGUGCAACUUCCCGAGCCAGACAGAAACGGCCAGGUAGCAGUACCUAAAGGAGAUGGUAAUGUCCAGACUCUUAACUUCUACCUGUUACGGCUGCAUGAAAUCUUUAUCUUCGUCUGUCAAUGUUUUAAAAAGAAACAAAUCGAUAGAACGCAGCGUCACUUUCACGUCUUAUUCCUUUUUUUUUGCGAGACACGCAACGGGCUCAAGCCGCGUAUGAUGACCUCAGAUAGCUCUCAGCACUUGGGCGCGCCGGCAGGAACCAACUACCAUUCCCAUUUUGAAUCGAGACCGAACGUACCCCGAUUUCCGGGCGGCUCCUCCAACUCCAAUCGCGACAUUGAUCGCCUCAAAAACCAGCAUCAUGAAGAGCUUCGCCGGCGAGCCAGCUAUCAAAAAAUCUACAAAGAAGUCAAAGACUCGAACGAUGGCAUUCAAACAGACACGGAUGGAUUCAAAGAGCCCCACCCUAGGACGCCCCACAACUAUCAACUUGAAAAGAUAAAGAAAGGUAAGUUAACCGUCAUUCCAAGCGAUGGUCGGGUUAGCAAUCAAAAGCAGAAAACAGUUCUCGCCAAAGAACCGCGGCCUCCUAAACAUCCUACAGACUCCGAUAGUUCCGACACAGAAGACGUUAUGACAGACAUCGUUCCCAUUCCGACGGCGCCGGAGGCGCCUCCUCUUGGUCUUCCCGUUGUUUCCCAACCGAUCUUAGCCGUUCCCGUGCAUCAACUCCAGUCUCAAAUGACGCCUUAUCAAACAACUAAUCCGAUGGUUCCAUUAUCAGAUUAUAACAACUUUACGAAACUGGAACCGCAUCCGGCAGUUGCCGAUGCAUCCAUAAACUUCGAUCCUAACGAUAAUGGUUUGUCCUCAACAGUUCUUCCGGGUAACGGUCCCGAAGGAAUGGUGAUAGAAGCCACGAAACGAAGAGAGAUAAGGUUACAGAAAAAUCGCGAAGCUGCCAGAGAAUGUCGUCGAAAGAAGAAGGAAUAUAUUAAGUGUCUCGAAAAUAGAGUCCAAGUCCUCGAAGCACAAAAUAAAGGCCUAAUAGACGAAUUGAAGAAUCUUAAAGAGAUGUACUGUCAUAAGCCCGCCGGUAGCCAGCAGCAGUAA